CUUCACUGUCUUUCUUCGAUCCAGAAAAAUGGCGAAUUUUUCCAAUCAAAUGCGACUUUCCUCAACUCUUCUGAGGCGUUUACACCAAAGAGUUGCUGCUGCUGUGAAUUCAUCUUCUUCAAGAAAUUUUACUACAACGGAAGGUCACCGUCCCACCAUUGUUCACAAGCGGAGUCAUGAUAUUCUUCACGAUCCAUGGUUUAACAAGGGAACAGCAUUCUCAUUUACUGAACGUGAUCGUCUUCACAUUCGUGGUUUACUGCCUCCAAACGUGAUGUCUUUUGAACAACAAAUUGCACGGUUCAUGGCUGACUUGAAGAGGCUUGAAGUACAAGCUAGAGAUGGUCCAUCUGACCCAUAUGUUUUGGCCAAGUGGCGCAUACUUAAUCGCUUGCACGAUAGAAAUGAGACUUUGUACUACAAGGUUCUAAUGGAAAAUAUUGAGGAAUAUGCACCCAUAGUGUAUACUCCUACAGUUGGUCUUGUUUGCCAGAAGUACAGUGGAUUGUUCAGACGUCCGAGGGGCAUGUACUUCAGUGCCGAAGAUCGUGGGGAAAUGAUGUCAAUGGUUUACAAUUGGCCAGCUGAUCAGGUUGACAUGAUUGUUGUAACUGAUGGAAGUAGAAUAUUGGGUCUUGGAGAUCUCGGAAUUCAGGGAAUUGGUAUUGCAAUUGGGAAGCUGGAUCUGUAUGUGGCUGCUGCUGGGAUCAACCCUCAAAGAGUACUGCCUGUAAUGAUUGAUGUUGGAACUGACAAUGAGAAUCUCUUGAAAGACCCUUUAUAUUUAGGACUGCAAGAUCAUCGGCUUGACAGAGAGGAGUAUAUUGAAGUAAUUGAUGAAUUUAUGGAGGCUGUUUUUACUCGUUGGCCCCAUGUGAUUGUGCAGUUUGAAGAUUUUCAAAGCAAGUGGGCCUUUAAGCUGUUGCAGCGUUAUAGAAACAACUACAGAAUGUUUAAUGAUGAUGUCCAGGGAACUGCAGGAGUUGCUAUUGCUGGUCUUCUGGGAGCAGUAAGAGCACAGGGAAGACCAAUGAUUGAUUUCCCAAAAAUGAAGAUUGUGGUGGCGGGUGCUGGAAGUGCAGGAAUAGGGGUUCUUAAUGCUGCUAGGAAGACAAUGGCAAGAAUGCUAGGGAAUACUGAAAUUGCUUUUGAAAGUGCAAGGAGUCAGUUCUGGGUGGUUGAUGCCAAGGGAUUAAUUACUGAGGCACGUGAAAAUGUUGAUCCCGAUGCUCGGCCGUUUGCCAGAAAGAUCAAAGAGAUUGAACGUCAAGGUCUAAGUGAAGGUGCAACUCUCGCGGAAGUGGUACGCGAAGUGAAGCCAGAUGUACUUCUUGGUUUAUCUGCUUGUGGAGGCUUGUUUUCAAAAGAGGUACUGGAAGCCCUUAAGCAUUCAACUUCAACCCGGCCUGCAAUUUUUCCAAUGUCAAACCCAACGAGAAAUGCUGAAUGCACCCCUGAGGAAGCAUUUUCUAUUCUCGGUGAGAACAUUAUAUUUGCAAGUGGAAGCCCAUUCAAGGAUGUGGAUCUUGGAAACGGUCAUGUUGGACACUGCAACCAAGCAAACAACAUGUUCCUUUUUCCUGGAAUAGGACUUGGUACUCUUCUGUCUGGAUCUAGAAUCGUUUCAGAUGGCAUGUUACAGGCUGCAGCUGAGUGUUUGGCUGCAUAUAUUACAGAGGAGGAGGUACUCAAGGGGAUUAUAUACCCUUCGAUAUCCAGGAUACGCGAUAUAACAAAGGAGGUGGCUGCAGCUGUGGUGAAAGAAGCUAUAGAAGAGGAUCUGGCUGAAGGAUACCGUGAAAUGGACAGCCGAGAGUUACGGAAACUUGAUGAGGCACAAAUAUCUGAGUUCGUGGAGAACAAUAUGUGGAGUCCGGAUUAUCCAACACUGGUUUACAAGAAAGAAUGAUCAUCUAUAGCUGCUUGCAAAGCUUCAUCUUUUCAUGUUUCUCGCAACAUCAGCAAGGGCGUGAUGGAUCAAAUACGAUCAUGGACAUUUUGUGACAUGAUGGGAUCAUGUUAAAUUUAACAUCCAGUAAUAUCCCAUUCUUCAACAUUUGAUUGGCUGAUGACUUCUUGAUAUUAUAGCUUUUAUUGAGUAGUCCAUAAAUUGGUUGUCUGUAAAAGUGAAUAAAUCCUCUUCUCCUUUCAAUUCUGAUUUUGAGCUUCGUCAACGCAGACGAUGUAGUCUUACGGGCUGUUGCUGCACAAAUGUACUAUAAAUUGCUCUGUGAUGUAGAUGUUGUGUAAA